AAUAGCUUCUUUGCUAGUAAGGCACUUGUUACUAGUAGCGAUGCACUUGUUCCUAGUAGCUUCUUGUUACUAUUAGUAAGGCACUUGUUACUAGCAAAGGUUUGUUCUGGAAGAAUGCGGAUUCUGCAAAGGUGUGAUUCACAUGGCAGAUUUAGUUGAGAGGCCAGUUCCUUCGCCAACGUGUGGUUCUGUGCUUCAAACGUUUUGGCUCAAGGUGAAAAGGCCGUGCAAGGGUUUUUCUUCUCGGCCUUUCGCAAUGGAAUGAAGUCGGGCUGCGACCUCAAUGAGGUUGAAGUCUUAGAGCCGCUUCUUCAGCGAGGUGGCAAGACCAAUGGACGAAUUCUGGCCACAUGCGUGGGCUUUCUAGCAGACUCGUAUGAUCUAUUCACAAUAGACUUAGUCGUGCUGAUCCUACAACUUCAAUAUGGUGAAGAACUCAUCUCUACCGGAGCCAAAUCACUCAUGGUCAGCACGAUGCUGGCUGGAGUGGUUGCGGGGCAACUCUUUUUUGGUCUUCUUGCAGAUUGGCUUGGACGAAAGUGGGCCUUCGUUUGCACUGCAGGCCUCACCGUCCUUAGUGCCCUUGCUUGUUCAAUGUGCUAUGACAGUGGACUCCAUGGACACUUGGGAUUGCCUCUUCAACUCGCCCUGUGUCGCUUUCUUCUUGGUCUCGGUGUGGGCGGCGAAUAUCCGCUGUCUGCUACAGUUUCCGCUGAAGCAGUGGGAGAUGCGAGUGGUCGUGGCCAGAUAAUGACCUUGGUCCUGUCCAUGCAGGGAUUGGGGAUGUUGCUGGCUUCCCUUCUUGCCAUGUUUCUGGUCACUGUGGGGCUUUCCCUGGAGGCUACCUGGCGACUGCUGCUUGCGUUUGGAUCUUUUCCAUCUGCCAUUGCAUUUUGCCUACGGUGGCAUUUGAGUGAAUCAGAAGCCUUUGAGAGAUGCAAGAGCGCUGAGGUACUUUGUGAGCGGAGUCAUAGCCAGAAAGUGGUGACAACGCUGGCUUCCUGUUGGCCUUUGUUGGCAGGGACCUCCAGCGCAUGGCUUUUAAUGAACAUGUUUACUUACAGCCUGGGUUCUUUCAAGAGCAGCAUUUUUGAGACGGCCCAGUCCUCUGCAGCAGAUGAAGUCUUCCAGCAGGCACUCUUUGCUGCCCUUACGAGCUCCUUUGCAAUCAUGGGCUUCCUUGUGGGUUUUCAGCUGAUCCGACACAUGAGCCGCUAUCAGAUGCAGCUCUAUGGCUUCCUGGCCUUGUCGGUAGUGUUCAUGGUAGUGAGUGUCUGCAUGGAAUUCUGGCCGAAACCUUCGCCAACGUCUCAAUUGAUUGUGCUAGGGCUCGUGUUUUUUGGUCUGAACUCUGGACCCAAUCUCACGACCUACAUCUUGCCAGCGGAAAUUUUCCCAACAUGUGUCCGUGCGACUUGUCAUGGAAUUUCAGCUGCCAGUGGCAAGAUUGGCGCCUUCCUGGGCACAGCUGCAUUUCCGCUGGUCCAAAGAUACUAUGGUAUGACAGCCGUUUAUGCUGCAUGUGGCCUUGCGGCAGCCCUUGGGGUUUUGGUCACCUAUUUUUUGACCCCGCGACAAGUUUUGGAGCUGGAGACGCUAGACAAAGAGCCGCUUUGACAGCGCCGAGAAAAAUGGCGCAUCUCUACAGCUCUAGAGCCAGCCGCUUUGCCUUGCAAAUGUUCGGAGGUGUUCAAAAAGGCAAACCAUUGUUCAGGACUCGAGCCAUGGAAACCUUUUCAACACUGCAACCGCAACCGGAG